CAUGUCUUUGAAGUUAUGGUCUAUAGAUUGGCACACCAUGAUGUUGAUAAAAGGAAAUUCACAUUGUAACUUUACAAUUUGUAUAUUGUAACUAAACUUCCAUUAAGUACACAAGUAACACAACUACUUGGUUUUCUCCUCGGGUAAUGAUAUAUGUAUCAUGCUGAUAGUACUAAAAGUAUAAAACCCAUUCCUAUUCAGUUUUUUUCACAUGUUAACACGCUAUAUUAUAUCGCAACCUGACAAAAACAGGAUUAACACAUUAACAUCGAGAAUAUAAUAUUGCGAUUACCACUCAAAACAAAUAUAUAUUCUAGUUUAUUAUUUUUAAUACGUAUAUUAUAAUAAACUACCCAGGAUAUAAGACAAAAGAAUCAUAUUUCUUUAUAUAUCUCUCCAUAAACAGCUGCUCAAAAUCCUAUUCUUGAAAUGGCUAAGGCUACUUCUCCCAUCUUUCUCCUCCUCCUCCUCGUUAUCCUAUCAUCAACCCUACUGUCAGUCAAACCCAACACAACCACAAUCGAAACAACUUGCAAAACCACAAACUACUAUCGCCUCUGCGUCUCAGCUCUCAAAUCCGACCCAAGAAGCCCCACAGCCGACACAAAAGGUCUAGCCACCAUUAUGGUCGGCUUUGGUAUGAAAAGCGCCACGGCAACCGCCACUUACAUAGCGGAAAACCAUACCGCCGCAGCCGCAAACGACACCGUCCUCAGGAAGGUCUUAAAAGAUUGCUCAGACAAGUAUGCUCUCGCAGCUGAUUCUCUUCGGCUAACGGUUCAAGAUCUUGAUGAUGAAGCUUAUGACUAUGCUUACAUGCAUGUGUUGGCAGCGCAGGAUUAUCCUAACGUUUGUCGGAAUAUUUUCCGGCGAGCUAAAGGUUUGUUUUAUCCUACGGAGAUUCGCCGGCGUGAAGUGAGUUUGAGACGUAUAUGUGGUGUUGUCUCCGGGAUUCUUGAUCGGCUUGCUGAAUGAUUAUUGUUGUACUAUUUUUCGUUUUUAAAAAAACUUUGCUAAAAUGGCAAAAUCUCUAUUUGUAAUUUUAUGUUAGUUAUAAAUCUCUACUAAAUUUGGAAUUUGUAAGUUUUAUUACAUUUUCUCUAUCGUUCUUCUCCUUUUGCAA